UACCAGCGACCAACUAGGCGAAUACUUAACGUCAGCAGCCAUGAGACGGACCUACUUGUUGCUCUGCCUGAGCCUGCUGACCUGCCAUGUGGCCCACUCGGCCUUCCUGCGACCCCUCGAUCUCAGUCAGCUGACCAAAUCCUCCAGCCUCCAGCAGCAGCAGCAGCAGUUGCGCGGCGACCUGAACCGAGAUGAUGGCAACGAUGACGAUGACUCCACCACCUUGGCACCCAACUCUAGCGAGGACUACGACUCUCGGCCACAAUACAGUUUUGCCUAUGAUGUGAGGGACACUCUUACGGGCGAUGACAAGCGGCAGGAGGAGAAACGUGAUGGCGAUCUGGUCAAGGGUCAGUACUCCCUCAUCGAACCCGAUGGCACCCGACGUAUUGUGGAGUACACCGCCGACGAUGCCAGUGGCUUCAAUGCCAUCGUUUCCAAGCAGCGUCUGGACGAGCAGCAACAGAGAAUCACUUCCUCCUCUUCGUCGUCGUCCCGCUUCAACAGCCUCGAGGAGCUCCAAACCCGUCUCACUGCCCAGGCCAUAGCCGAGGCCCAGUCCCUGGCCGAGGCUCAGCAGACCAGCCAGCUCCAGUUGGAGGCCCAGAGUCGUCGGGAGUCGGAGAACCAAGCUCGUGCACAGGCCCAGCAGCUGAUGGAGCAAUUCCAGCAGCAGGUACAGCAACAGGAACAACAGCGCCAGCAGCAGGAGCAGCAGUUGAGGGAUCUCCAGCGUCUCCAGGAGCAGCGGGAACGUGAGGAUCGGGAUCGGGAGCAACGUGAGCGGGAGCUGAGGGACCGAGAGCAGCGUGAGCGGGAGCUGAGAGAGCGGGAGCAACGUGAACGUGAGCUAAGGGAUCGGGAGCUGCGAGAUCGGGAGCUGAGGGAUCGGGAGCAGCGGGAGCGGGAGCAGCGUGAGAGGGAGCUCCGGGAGCGGGAUCGUGAGGACCGCCGCCAGCAGCAGGAGCGACGCCAGAACAGAAUCAAACAGAAUCAGAACCAGCGCCUGCUCGACCAACAGACCCUGCUCCUGACCCAAAGCCUGCCCAGCAUCCAGGCCACUGUGGUGUCGCAUCCGCCCACUCUGCUAGCCUCCCGUCUGCCCGCCUCCGGUAGCUCCAGCUCCAGGACCACCACCACUCUACUGACCCGGGAACGUGACCUAGAUGCCUGGCGUCAGUUGCCCAGUGCCCGUCUGACCAUCGAUCGUAACUCCCAGCCUUUGAUCCUGAGCCAACCCUCCAGUGCCACUGUCCAGGCCCAACUAAUCAGUUCGCCCCUGCUCCUGGACUCCGCCAACCUGAAUGGAUUGAUAACCACCCGCCUGAAUGGCAAUGCCGCUCGAGCUGGAGCCGCUCUGAGCUGGACCAAUGGCCGCCGUCUCCUGAACAAUGAUCUCUGGCAGCUGGAGAGGCUGGAUGAUCGUGAGGAUCGGGACGAGCUGCGUGCCAAUAGCGGUGAGCGGCGUUCCAAGAACUGGUAAAAGCCAGCAGUCAAAGCCCAACUUCAACUGAACUCAAAAGUAAACUCAACGCAGGACCUCAGCGAUCUGAUAAACGGACCACGAAUAUGUUUUAGCUCGUAAGGAUUAGAUUGAAUCUCGUGUUAACCUAGCCUAGAAUCGGGGAUUUAGGGGACGCCACACUGUCACACUCUCGCUUUCUGUUCAAUUAACGCAUACAGCAAACUUUGCCAAGAACUAACCCAAGCUCUAACGCUUUUCCUUCUCUCAGCUAACUUAGGCACUAAGUUUAAUUGUCUUUGUGUUACUUUUUAGUUAG